CCACCGCACUGCGCCCUGAAAAACGGUGAGAAUGGCAACUUGUAGGUUGUGUGUUCUUUGCCACAAUGAUAAUGAAAAGGUCGUGCUCACUCUGGGCUCUGACGCAGUGAAAACGAAGCCAACAGUAUAGCUGGGAUCGGCUGGUCCGGCGAGGUCCCGCCCCGCCGGCGACGGCCACCUGCGCCCCGCUCCGGCCUCACCUCCGCGCCCAGCUGCUUGGCCCGGUUCGGGCGCACGGGCCGCGCGGGUGGAUCCACGGCCAUCGCCGCGGGAGCCGCGGGCGGCGGAGUGGAGCCGACAGAGCCACCGUCCCCGGGACCAGCCGACCCACCUGGACACCCCGCACCCCGGACCCGCGGGGACACCCCCAUGGCCGCGCGGGGCCCCGAAGCCCCCAGCGGGCGCGCGCUGCGGGACGCGGCAGAAAAUCUAUUUCAGGAACUUCAAGAACAUUUUCAAGCUCUGACUGCAGCAUUAAACCUCAGAAUGGAAGAAAUGGGAGGUCGCAUUGAAGACUUGCAGAAGAAUGUGAACGGCUUGAUGGUGCAAGCUGGGAUUGAAGGUUCUGCUCAAGAGCAAAUGGCGAGGCCUUAUUAAGGCACUAAGAUGUUCACCGUUUACAUAUCUUCUGCUUUCAUCUUGAAACAUUUAAUCCCAUAUUUGUUCACUAAGGGAGCUACUGCUUCUGCACUACAUGAAAAACCUUCAGGAAUAAUUUUUAAAAAUUCACAAAUGCUCUUUUCUAAAUAGAACAGAAACACUCUUUGUCAUUGUUCCUUAAAAAGUGCACAUUUUAAAGGAAAAACUAUUAUUUAAAAACUGGUUUUGUUAAAGUACUUUUCACCCCCAUCCCUCAAAUUAGUUUUCAAUCAAAACACAAGUCACGAUGAAUGAGUGCUUGGGGAUGACAACUAGUGGCUUCUGUUUGAGACGUUCAUGGAAAGAUUUAAAGAAGACACAUGUGCAUUAGGUUCUCACCCCAUCUCAUGAGUGGUUCCUGCGGAUCCCCCCCCCAGA